AUGCUCUACAUCAUAAAUGCCCUAUCACUUAUACCAUACAGAUUGGAAUUGCGUCGCCAAACUCAGCCCCAACGUGGCCGGCCAAGCAAAAGUGUCCUUCAGAAAAGGGCCGCUGCUGCCGCUGCUGCUGCCGCUGCCACAUCUAUCUCGACUCCUGUCCCCAUUUCUACAAACAUGUCUUGUUCUCUUGGCAAUUUAUUUCCACCCCAGCCUGCUUUGGCGCCAUCCCAGCCCAGUUCUCCCUGUUUGUAA